AUGCGCAAACUUGGGACGAAAUUUAAUAGAAAACGACGUUUUUUGGAUGUGGGGACCACCUUGGAAAAAUCGCCACCACCCCGUCUAAAACGCAAUGGAAAACAACCCUUAUCAAUCGGCAGCUGCGGCUGGGAAUCUUACGACUCUCUCCUUGAUAAACAGGAGGAGCAGCUUGAGAUGUUUUGGAACUACCAGCGACAAGAAAUUGAGAACGUUAACGACUUCAAAAACCAACAACUUCCCCUUGCCCGUAUCAAGAAAGUCAUGAAAUCUGACGAGGAUGUGCGUAUGAAUAUGAUCUCUGCUGAAGCACCCAUAUUUCUUGCAAAAGCAUGUGAGCUCUUCAUUCUGGAACUCACCAUUCGCUCUUGGCUUCGCGCCGAGGAAAACAAGCAUCGGAUUCUUCAGAAGAGCGACAUCGAGACGGCGAUUGCUCAGGAUGAUACUUUUGACUUCCUUUUUGACGUUAUUCACAAGGAAGGGGCAAUGCUUCAGCCUGCUGUUGACCCUUCAAUGUACGUUCAGCCUCCACCAUCGCAGGCGUGCCAGGCUGCUAGUGGACAGGGUAAUCUUGAUGAGCAAAGUAACUUUGUCAUCCCCUUAAGAUUUGGCUUCUACGGCUCCGUUCAUCUGAGGCCAGUAGGCGGUAGAGUUCCUGUGAGUGAUUUUGAAUUGCUCACUGAUGUCCUUCAUCAGAUGACUGUUCAGAUUGGCGCCAUUAUCCGUGAUGAUAGAUUCCGGUAUACUGAAAUGGCAUAUCAGAUUGCUUUUGACGAAGUCAGCUACUACUUUCUUGGUUACUGA